UACAACGGCGACUCCGGAGUCAGAACGCGAUACCCAAAUAUAUGCCUUUCCCUUCGUCUUUAUCUUCUACGUUUCUUGCUGGUCCUACUGUAAAAGGUCUCCAUCCUUGUGCCCCUUUCGAAUUCGAUCCAUGCGCUAGGGUUCUCCAUCAAUUCUUCCGCCUGCGUCCGAUUUCUUGAUUUCUUCGUUCAAUCGUUUGGCCGGCGCUCCCCUCUUUCGCCGUUCCUCGUCGCUGUUUCUGCGUUUGAUUUUCCUGAUUCUGAUUCAAUUUCGGCUUCUGGUGAUGGAAAGCUCCGGAGGAAGCUCCGAUCACCACCGAAGCCAGUCGACAGAAGCCUCCGGUGGGUCGUCGAGGAGGUACAGGGUGCACUUUUCGCCGUCCCGUUUCAUCCAGGCGCGGCUCUCGGCUGCUCUGGAGCUCUUUGGGGUCUUUCGGACGAGAGGAAGUCGUGCGGGGAGCGACGAAUUAAUCGGAGGCCGGUCUCGAGGUCAUGGCCACCGUCGGAUCGAUGUUUCCGGGGUCGACGGCGGGGAGGUUUCGAUACGGAUUGUUGGGGCCGGAGACCCGGAGGGUCUGAGAACGGGGUCAGAGAGAGAAGGAAGCUCCAUUGAUGUUGGGAUUUCGAGCGGAUUGGUUAGAGGUCCCAUUGGGAGGCAGCCGCAGGGAGGAGAUGGCGAGGGCAAUAAUGUGGUACGGGAAGUGCCUUUGCCAUCUUCCUCUGCGCCUGCAUCUGCCUCACCUGUUGAUAGUGGAAGCUCGGACGGUGAGUCUAACGCCAGUGGAGGUAAUAAUAGAGACGCAUUGCACCAGAGAUACGAUAUACAACAGGUGGCCAGAUGGAUAGAACAGAUUCUCCCGUUCUCUUUGUUGCUUUUGGUAGUCUUUAUAAGACAGCAUUUGCAAGGUUUCUUUGUCACAAUUUGGAUUGCUGCGGUGAUGUUUAAGUCGAAUGAUAUUUUGAGGAAGCAAACUGCCUUAAAGAAUGAUAGAAAACUCUCUAUGCUUGUUGGAAUCACACUAGUGUUUGUUAUUCAUAUAUUUGGAGUGUACUGGUGGUACAAUAAUGACAACCUUCUUUACCCACUAGUCAUGCUUCCCCCAAAGGAAAUACUGCCAUUUUGGCAUGCCUUAUUUAUCAUCAUGGUCAACGAUACAAUGGUACGCCAAGCAGCAAUGGUUGUUAAGUGUAUUUUGUUGAUCUACUACAAAAAUGGUAGAGGACACAAUUACCGCAAGCAGGGGCAAAUGUUGACAGUUGUGGAAUACUUUCUUCUUUUGUAUCGUGCUCUGUUGCCAACUCCUGUUUGGUACAGGUUCUUCCUGAACAAGGAGUAUGGCAGCCUCUUUUCGUCUAUAACUACAGGGCUAUACCUUACUUUCAAGCUGACAUCAGUUAUUGAAAAAGUUCAAUCGUUUUUGACUGUAUUAAGGGCACUAUCGAGGAAAGAAGUACAUUAUGGGUCAUAUGCAACCACUGAACAGGUAACUGCUGCCGGUGAUCUCUGUGCCAUUUGUCAAGAGAAAAUGCUUGCUCCUAUUCUUCUUAGCUGUAAACAUAUUUUCUGCGAGGACUGCGUCUCCGAAUGGUUCGAGCGAGAACGGACUUGCCCAUUGUGCAGAGCGCUGGUGAAACCGUCAGACCUCCGAUCAUUCAGUGAUGGCUCUACCAGCUUAUUCUUUCAGUUGUUCUAAUUAAGCAUUGUCAAAAUCUGCGGAUACACUGGAAUUCCCUGUUCUCCUCAGAAAUUAACAACUUACGCUCAUGAAUCACACCCAAGCUUCGUGAAAAAUGCUGCACCUGUCAGUGACAAACAGUUCAUGUCGACAGCAAUUUGUAACCGAACCGAUUUGCAUGUGUAUCAAUUACACGAAAAUUCUAUAACUAUCAAAGUGAGAGAAACCUGAGGGCAUCUACACGAACAGAAAUAUAUGUUCUUACAUUACUGUCAGUAAAAUGUUCACAGUAUAUAUUUCUUUGA